ACUAGUGUCUCUCUUUAUAUGAUCUGCAAUGAUAUAUAAGUAUUUUUUGUGACAGCUUGCUUGCUUUUGUAUAGUGUUUAUUUUGUGAACAGUUAACAUGAUUCUAAUGUUAACCCACUGUAAUCUAAUAAGUGAAAGAAACUUCCAAAUUAACUAUUUGCUUUCACUUUUUAUGUUAGUUACUCUUGAGCAUGAGCCUGUCUUUGCAAAUCAUUCAAAUGAGUGUUAAUUUUUCAUUGUGUAUGACUAAAUUUGUAUGUUUUGUGUAGUGUUGUACACAAAACUGUUUAAAUUGUCAUUCAAAGAAAAAUUAUUACUUGUGUAGCUGCUUGCCUUAAUUAUGCAUGACAUGAUCUGUUUCAGCAUGUUGUUUCUUUUCCUUUUUUAAAUUAUGUGCAAACUUUUGUGUUUGGCUAUUGUGAUUUGUUUUGUCCUCUUUAAAUGAAACAAAACUUAUCUCACAUAUAUCAAACAUAAUUGUAAAGCUGCAUGCUGCAUGAGCUUGUCAUUGCUGCCUUUUUCUGGAAUGUGCUAAUCUCUGUUUAUGUUUUCAGAGUUGAUGGUAUUGUUCCUCUCCAAAAAACUACAUCGAAUAAAGUGCUUCUGAAAGGGUCCUUUGACAUGGGCUGGCAAAAGCGAGGAACAGGGAAAUCUUACAAUAGUCUUUCAGGACAUGGUUCUCUCAUUGGCUAUCACAGCAAGAAAAUUUUGGCGUUUGGUUCUAAAAGUAAAUCGUGUCGUCUGUGCUUGAAAGGUCAUCCUCCAUCUGACCAUGACUGCAGAAAAAAUCAUGUUGGCAGCGCAAAGUCUAUGGAACCACAAUUAGCAGUGGACCUUAUCACUCGCAACCCUCAGCUGUCUGAAGCUAAUGUCAGCCUUGGAACUCUAAUUGGUGAUGAUGAUUCCUGCUCAAUCCAGUCAGUGAGGAGAGAAAGUGAAGUGCAUGUAGAGAAAUGGUCUGAUUUAAAUCACACUCGCAAAGGAUUUUCUACUGCAUUGUUCAACAUGAAAGUGUCAGAGAAAGUGAGGGUGUACCUGACACGUUCCUUUUCAUUUGCUAUUAUGCAAAAUAAAGGUAAUGAAGAAGGUGUCAGAGCAGCAAUCUUGAACAUAGAAAAUCACUCCUAUGGUGAGCAUGGAGGCUGUGCAGAAUGGUGCAAAUUUAACGAGAGUCCAGGCACUUAUACUCACAGGGGACUACCAUAUGGAAAGCCUCUCAGCAGUCUCGAAUUUAGGCCACAACUAGCAGCCUUGUUGAAGAGGUUUGCAGACAAUGCUGCAAAAAUUGCUCCAUGUGCAUCAUCCCAAGGAAAUGAAAAUUUCAAUAAUAUGGUUGCAACAAAAAAUCCAAAGUAUAAAUUUAAUGCUAGUUCUGAAGCCCUGCCAUUUAGAGUAGCAGCAACUGUUGGCCAGAAAAACAUAGGGAAAACAUAUAUAAUGAAAGUAAACAAGAAGCUUGGCUUAUCACCAGGUGAAAUCACCAGAAAAAUUCGGACCAGAAGUGACAUGAUAAGGAAGAGACGCUCAGUGGAACAGCUUAGUAAAGAAUUUAAGUCAAAGAGGAUGCUCUGGAAAAAAAAUAGAAAUUCCAAGGCUGCAGCAGAAGAAAGUAGGGAAGGCAUUUCCUACUCCACUGGAUGUGAAAUGAAUGGCAUUGCAGAUUUAGUUGAUGAUCCUAUUGUUAUGAACAGGCCAGAGGCACCUAAAGAUGCACAGAUAUUAUUCUUUGAUUUAGAAACAACUGGGCUAAAUACUCUCACAUGUGAAAUAAUUCAGAUUGCUGCAAGUGCUGCUGACAAAGAAUUUUCAGCAUAUAUAGUGCCUCAAAAAAGAAUUCCACCAUCUGUAGUGUCAUUGACUGGGCUUAAGAGUCAAGGUGGGCAAAUGUUCUCACAUGGAGAAGUGGUUCCAACAGUACCAGUAAGACUGGCCUUGAGUAGUUUCAUUGCCUUCCUGAAGGAACUGGGCACAACUUGUGUCCUCGUUGCUCACAAUGGCUUCAAGUUUGAUUUUACCAUAAUUCUGAGGGUCAUGAGACAGUAUGAUUUACUCGAUGAUUUUCUCAGUGUAUGUGGGGGUUUUAUCGACACCCUUCAUGUAUUUGAGGAGAAGUUGCCCAGGCUUAAGAGCUACAAGCAAACUACUUUAGCUGCAAAGUACAAAAUACCUAUUGAUGGUGCCCACAAUGCACUAGCUGAUGUGAAAGUUUUAAAAGAACUUGUCCGUGUUGUUGGUGUGUCUCAAUUUGAUCUCAUGAGACAUAUUACGUCAGCUGCAGGUAUUGUUAGUGGUGUUGAACAAAUCGCCAACAAAAAAAUGAUUGAGCAAUCUUUGUCUGUUUUGAAACCCACUGUUAAAGAUGGAAUGAUCACUAAAAUAGCCAAAGCUAGAAUUACUUUAGAAAAGUUAAAAAGCACUUUUGAGAUUGGUGGUGAAGCUGCUUUGGCAUUUCUUUUAAGUCAAGAUGUUAAUGGGAAGCCUGCAGUUACAAAACAGAAGAAAAAGUUAGAAGAAAUUGCUGGAGCUGUUCAAGCGGCUAUUAUGAAUGAUGCAUCACACCAAAGAUUGUAAUCUUGCAUUCUCUUGUCUCUUUU